CACGCUGCCUAAGUCGUUCUCAAGGACCACUCUCGACGACUGAUUUACGUAUGACAUCUUGAUCAGGGGCUGAAGACGGAGAUAGUAAUCGCUGUCGGAGAUCCAUAAAGAUGGAGACUGCUCUCGAGACUGAUCUGGUCGAUCCAACUUCGCUUCAACCAAGUCCGGAGCUCAUGGCGAGCGAUGAGAGACAUCCGCUCAUUUUGUUACUGUCGGCAUUCUUCUGGGUAUUUCUGUGGCUGCUGUCAUGGGCGAAGGCUCUUGUAGCUUUUGCUACCAUCUCCAUACCCAAGUUCAUAUACGCUGUGCUCUCAUAUUCCAUGACCUUGACGCUCAACUUCUGGUCCUUCGCCAUCAUUUUCGUACUCUCAUUGGUUGCUUUGAAUUACUUCAUUCGAUGGCGAUACCUGGACAAAUACAAAGACUUGAAAGAACCACCGCUACUUAAAGCGGAUGCGCAAGAACUACAUCCAGAUGUCAAUACACCGGAGCCUGUUCCUGUGUUCCACAAUUACUUGGAUGAAUUUCUUCAAGCCGUGCGGGUAUUUGGUUUCUUGGAGAAACCUGUCUUCCACGAAUUAGCUAGACAUCUACAAACGAGGCGGCUAGUUGCGGGAGAUACCCUUUCGCUCGACGAAGACAAGAGUUUUUACUGCGUCGUUGAUGGAACGGUUCAGUUGUACGCGCAGACAGGGCUACCCCCGAAUGAAGGCCGCAGAGGUACCUGGGACGAAGAAGAUAUGAAUGGGUAUCAGCUGCUGAAUGAAGUUGGGACGGGUGGAACUCUGUCAAGCUUAUUCACCAUAUUGAGUCUUUUCACAGAAAAUGUCAAGAUUAGCUGGCAAGAUGAAGAGCUUACAGAUGAGGGCCUAUCUCAGGCAGCUCAGUCAACUCAUACCUCAGUUCCAAAGAAGGCUCCCGUGCGUAAUCGACCAAGACGAUCCGAUUCCGAUGUUUCCCAGUUGAGCUUGGACUUGAAUUCCCAGAGCCCUUCACACUCUCGUAGUCGUGGUGCUUCCGUCUCUUCCUCAGGAUCAACAGUACACGCUUCAGAUGUCAUGUCUCCUCCACCUCGAACAGCCUCUGUCGGACCAAAUGUCUCCACUUCGUCUUCUGGACGGUCACGAGGCAGAAGGAGACAUGCGGGAGAGACCAACCAACCACGCCACUAUGGCGUUGUUGCCCGAGCUGCGGAGGACAGUACUUUGGCCGUCAUUCCUGCGGAGGCAUUCCGAAGAUUAACGAAGAAGUUCCCAAAGGCUACUGCCCAUAUUGUUCAAGUGAUUCUCACGCGCUUUUCCCGUGUAACAUUCAAUGCAGCUCAUAAAUACUUGGGGUUGACUACUGAGGUCCUUCGCACCGAAAAGGCCAUCAACGAUAUUGCAUGUCAUCCUUUACCCCCCUCAUUCUACGCGGGCGGCGGCUUGAAACAUUUGCGUCAACGUUUCGACGGUGUGGCUCCUGUUAGUGAUCCAGAGUCUAGCAGUGACUACUUCACAUUGCCUUCACCUUCUAUGAAUUCUUCUACAACCACACUGAACGUUGUUGGGUCCCAAGCCGACACUAUUACUCGACUAGUUGAUAGUCCGCUGCCUUACAGGACUCCGACGCCACAUACAGGCCCCAUCUCCCAUCAACAGGUACAGGCUGGUGAUUUGCACUCCACCGCUCAUCCUAGUGAGAUCUUCCAUCCACUUGGACGUACGCUAAGUUCUAUCCACACUCCCAAGAAUGCGCGACGCGAUAGUGAAUUGAAAGAUUCGGAUCACGAUGGCGCACAUUGGCUUAUGAACGAUGAAUUCGACCUCAGAGAUGAAGUCAUGUCUUGCAUAGCAAAGUCGAUCGGGUUGUUGCAGCCUCCUCUCAGCGGCGAAGAGUCGGUUGAAGCUUCACCUGCGUUUCCUGCAAGUGACGCAAGUCGCUCAAAAAGCGGCAUGUUCAAGUCUUCUUUCGGUUCAUUGUCUAUGCUCGAAUAUGGUGAUGAUGCCUCGAGCAUGACUGGGUCCACUUCUUCAACAAUGAACGAUGGGUAUAUGAGUGGGCUUGACAAUGAAGUCGAAAUACUCUUUUUCCCCGCUGGAUCAACCCUUGCCAAGGCCGGCGAAACAAAUACAGGCCUUUUCUACGUGAUCGAUGGUUUCUUGGAUAUCCUGCUUCCCGCUGAGAAAAGUGCCCCUCAGAGCACCAAAUCCAAGGUCAACCGCCAAGCACACAUUGCUACAGAGACCUACGGUGCCAGAUCUUCUGCGCAUAGUCAAUCUCCCCCACUCACAUUCGCAGAGCGCCCCUCAAAUCGGCCACCAAAGGACGAAUCUAAGCCUCUAUUUACUGUCAAGACCGGCGGAAUUGCAGGAUAUCUCUCUUCACUAUGCAAUACCGCCUCUUACGUUGAUAUCAAGGCAAAGACAGAUACUUACGUGGGUUUCCUCCCGUCGCAUGCGUUGGAGCGACUACUGGAAAAGCGGCCCAUUGUUCUUUUGACUCUUGCCAAGCGUCUUAUAUCCCUUCUCUCACCUCUCAUUUUGCACAUUGACGGGUCCUUGGACUGGGUGCAAGUGAAUGCUGGUCAGGUUCUGUGGAGACCGGACGAUGUCAGCGACAGCUUCUACAUUGUCAUCAACGGUCGACUUCGAGCUAUAAAUGAGAAGGAGGCUGGUGGAAUCACCAUUGAAGCUGAGUACGGUCAGGGUGAUACCGUUGGUGAACUCGACGUAAUCACAAGUUCACCGAGGAGCAAUACUCUUCACGCUAUUCGUGAUACUGAACUCAUUCGGAUGCCCCAAACUUUGUUCAAUGCCAUUUCUUCAAGAAACCCACAGACCACUGCCCAAUUGCUGAGAAUGAUAGCUUCGCGUGUGAAGGACGAGGCCAAGUCAUCAGUGCGAGGCGUACUUUCGGAAGUGUCCCGCAGCAAUAUCAACUUGAAGACAGUUGCGAUCCUACCAGCUACUCGGAACAUUCCUGUAGAUGCUUUCGCUCGAAAACUUCAUGCGGCCUUGGAAAGUAUCGGCGCUCCAACGUCAUAUCUCAAUCAAUCUUCUGUAGCGAAUCAUCUUGGAAGGCACGCAUUUACUCGGAUGGGUAAACUCAAGGCUGCGGGGUGGCUUGCCGAGCAAGAACAGAAGUAUCGCAUUGUCUUGUAUGUUGCGGAUUCCACUGUCAACAGCUCCUGGACCCAAACGUGCAUUCGACAGGCGGACUGCGUCAUGGUCAUUGGCAUGGCGGACGACCCUACCAUCGGUGAAUACGAACGGCUUCUCUUGUCAAUGAAAACAACGGCGAGGAAAGAGCUUGUCCUACUUCAUCCGGAUCGUUCGGUUGUUCCAGGCUCUACACGUGAAUGGCUGAAGAACCGGUCAUGGGUGCAUCAACACAUACAUGUCGAGUUGCCUGGCUUGAUGGUCCCUGUUCCAAGAGCACCCCAGACCCAGGAUCCUGCUGCUGUCGCUGCGCUGAAGAAUCUCAAGGACAGGGUGCAAAGUGGUAUUCAGCGAUAUCGUGGCGGUCCGACGGAUGUCCGUCCUCAGCGUGGACCUCACACGAAUGACUUCGCGCGUCUGGCUCGAAGGAUAUGCGGCAAGUCUAUUGGUCUGGUCCUUGGCGGGGGCGGCGCCCGUGGACUCUCGCAUCUGGGUGUGAUUCGAGCAUUGGAAGAACAUAGCAUUCCGAUUGAUCAUGUAGGAGGCACUAGCAUCGGCGCUUUCAUUGGUGGCUUGUAUGCACGGGAAGGUGAUCUUUUAUCUGCUGUCGGUCGUACGAAGCAAUUCAGCGGUCGUAUGGGCAAUAUAUGGAGAACUCUUUCGGACGUCACAUACCCUAUAGUUGCUUAUACAACAGGUCAUGAGUUCAAUAGAUCGAUUUACAAGGCUUUCUAUGACCUCCACAUAGAGGACAUGUGGCUGCCGUAUUUCUGCAAUUCGACUAACAUCAAUACCUCGACUAUGGAAAUCCAUGAGACAGGAUAUGCUUGGAGAUUUAUUCGUGCAUCAAUGACACUGGUUGGUUUGCUACCGCCUCUCUGCGAUAAUGGCAACAUGCUUGUCGACGGUGGAUAUAUUGAUAAUCUUCCUGUAUCUGCCAUGAUGUCGAUGGGUGCAAGUGCUGUGAUAGCAUCGGAUGUCGGCUCUAUUGACGACAACUCUCCACGUAACUUUGGUGAUUCGGUGUCCGGAUGGUGGCUCUUGGUUAAUCGUUGGAAUCCGUUCUCGAAUGCUCGAAGUAUUCCUGCUAUCACUGAGCUCCAGAGUCGGCUUGCAUACGUGUCCAGCGUGACGACUUUAGAAGAAGCAAAGGUUGCCCCGGAUUGCUUAUACAUGCAGGUACCUGUGCAUGAAUACGGUACUCUUCAAUUCGGCAAGUUUGAAGAGAUUCAGAACAAGGGAUACAUUGCGGCACUAGAUUUUCUGCAUAAGUUCCAGGAGGAUGGACGGCUGCCUUCUGCAUUCAUUGGUGAUAAAAGGGUCGUCCUGCCCUCCAAAACGAGGGGGAGAAGCGCACGUCGUAAUUCUAUCUAAGUAUAUUGUUGUAUUAUCACUAAUCGGACCGAUACCAUUGAACCUCUACGUCAAAGGUCCUGACCUGACAGUCCUUUCAGAACCGUCCCAGUCUAUCCACCCUUCGCCGUCUCUUCCACUGUAUAAGGUUUUGCUAACUCAUGUUCUAUCACGUUGGUGCGUCCUUCUGUUAUCGAGGCCUGGUCGUACUUGCUUUGGAUAAUGCAUCUUUGAUACUGGUGACGGCUUCCCUCCAGAUGUUUACGAAUUUCGUGGAGGUCUAUAAAGAUACGGUAUGUGUAGUCGUCUUCAUGCGAGAAACCUCCUACGUGCUUAGACUAUAUAAACACCAUUGUAUCUGUAUCAUGUCAUUCAGUGAGCGGGUUGGAACGCAUAGCUUCAGAGCACCUUCCGCCG